AUGGAACUCACCACUUUGUUACUGCUAGCAUGCAUAGUCUUCAUCCUUCUAAGCAUAACACAAACUACAAAAGGGAAGAUCAAAGGCAGAUUGCCACCAGGGCCAACACCAUUGCCUAUCCUCGGAAACCUUCUUCAACUCAAUGGUAAAGAACCUUUUAAGUCACUUGUUAAGCUGAGAGAAAAGUAUGGACCAGUAUACACUAUCCACAUGGGCAUGGAUCCUGUUGUGGUAUUGUUCAGUUGUGAUGCAGUAAAAGAAGCUCUCAUUGACAAUGCAGAGGACUUUGGUGCCAGAGGAAAUAUGCCACUUCUGGACAAGAUAAGCUCUGGAGGCCAUGGUAUAGUGGGCAGUAAUGGAGAGCGCUGGAAACAGCUACGCCGCUUCUCUCUGAUGACGUUAAGAAACUUUGGGAUGGGUAAAAGAAGCAUUGAACAGAAAGUUCAAGAAGAGGCCCAGUUCCUUAUAGAAGAAUUUCAAAAGAGUAAUGGCCAGCCAUUGGAUCCAACAUUCUAUUUUUCCAAAGCUGUUUCAAAUGUUAUCUGUUCAGUGGUAUUUGGAGAUCGAUUUGACUAUGAGGACAAAGAGUUUCUGAAGCUCCUGGGCUUUCUGAAUGAAAUCUUCAGAGUACUUAGCUCUGUUUGGGCACAGAUAUACAAUAUCUAUCCUAAAGUUAUGGAAAAGAUCCCAGGGCCUCAUCAAAAAAUGUUCAAUGCCAUUGACAGUAUUAAGGAAUUUAUUAGAAAAUGUGUCAAAAUGCAUAUGGAGACUCUGGAUCCCAGCGAUCCUCGGGAUUUCAUAGACUGUUUCCUCAUUAAGAUGGAACAGGAAAAAGACAUACCUGAGACUGAGUUUCAUAUUGAAGCCAUUGUCAAUACCACAUAUGAUUUGUUUGAUGCUGGGACAGAAACUGUUAGCACAACACUGCGUUAUGGAUUCUUGAUUCUCCUCAAGCAUCCAGAUGUUGAAGAAUACAUCCAUCAAGAGAUUGAGAAAGUCAUUGGAAGGAACAGGGCCCCGUGCAUAGAAGAUCGAUCGCGAAUGCCCUACAUGGAUGCUGUAAUCCAUGAAAUCCAAAGAUUUAUUGACCUUGCACCAUUAGGACUCCCACACGCAGUAACACGUGACGUGAAGUUUAGAGAAUUUUUUAUACCAAAGGAUACAAUCAUCUUCCCACUGCUCAGUUCUGUUUUACGAGAUCCAAAGCAGUUUAAAUACCCACAUCAAUUCAAUCCAGGACAUUUUUUGGAUGACAAAGGGAAGUUUUGUCGGAAUGAUGGAUUCAUGCCGUUCUCUUCCGGAAAACGGAUCUGUCUUGGAGAAGGUCUUGCAAGAAUGGAGCUCUUCCUGUAUUUCACCACCAUUUUACAGAACUUCAGCCUCUGGUCACCUAUGAGCAUAGAAGAAAUAGACUUAAGACCUCAAAUGAGUGGAUUUGGAAAUGUUCCUCGUUCUUACCAGUUGGCCUUCAUCCCACGUUGAU